AUCAUGGUGUAGGGGUAGGCAGGCACUUGUUAUCAGGACCUGCGCCCGCCGUAGUGUUUGCCUCGCGCGUCUAUUCCCCGCGAUAGUGUCUGGCAGGGAGAUAAUCGCUGGGCCAGGGAGCACCAUGCCAGCCUGAGGACACCAUGGCGGCUGUGCAGGAGGAGCAGCUCGACCCCAGGAUACAGGUUGAGCUGGAGAAGCUGAACACUGCCACAGAUGACAUCAAUAAACUGGAAUCUAAAUUGGAGGAAACUAACAAUGUCUUCAGCUCAACCUUUGCUGAGUCAACGGCCCGCCUCAAGACCAUGGGGAAGAAGCUGGGCAACUGCAUCGAGAAGGCCCGCCCCUACUACGAGGCCCUGGAGCUGGCGCGGACAUCUCAGCUAGAGUGUCAGCGAGCGGCGGUGCAGUACCAGAGGGCCAAUGCUCUACAUCAAGCAGCCAAAGAGACCAUAGCUCUGGCUGAAGAGCGAUUUGUCAACAGUCGCAGUGAGAACUGGCAGUUUGAUUCAGCAUGGCAAGAGAUGUUAAACCAUGCAACCAUGAAGGUAAUGGAGGCAGAGGCCCAGAAAGCCGCCAGCGAGCGGGAACACAUGCGGCGUGCAGCCGUCUUCCAGCAGGAGGAGCAGCGGGUGCAGCAGCUCCAACGUGGCCUUAAGUCCUCAAUCAAUAAGUCACUGGGAUAUUUUGAGGAGAAGCUUAGGGUGGAGGCACAGCUGGAGGGCCAGAAGGAACGCGUGCAGCAGCUCCAGACAGCCAUUGCUGCGGCCAAGGCGACGUACGCCCAGUCUCUGCGCCGGCUAGAACAGAUCUCUGAACAGAUCCACGAGCAGCGGCGGUGCCAGAUGCCGAGGGAGCCGGGGGUGGGGGCGGAGCUCACCUCCCCGCCGCCAGGAGAGGACCACCAGUACAACAAAAAUGACAAACAUUUCUUGCCGCCGGCAGAUCUGAGCCAGGAUGAAAAAUACUGGGAAUCCUUACGAGAGAAGCUGGAGAAGCUGAAUGAAAAUGGUGACAAGUGCCUGGCAUCAGACACACUGGAGGCGGCCAGCCCUGAGUCUGCCGAGGGGCGGGAGAGGAGCUUGACAGGCAGCAGUGACCCUCUCAGCUGUAGUGGUGAGAGAGUUGUGAGUGGGCAGAGCAGCAGCCAGGAGUCAGAGAGUGAUGGAGGGAGUUCCUCUGAAGGGGCGUCACAGUCACCUAGUGAUGUGGCAGCAGAGGGGGCAGUGACAUCCAGUUUGAAGGCUGCUGAGUCUGAUGAUGGAAAUGUAGAUGAGAAGGUUACAAAGGGACGAAGAACCCCGCCUGGAAGCUGUGUGGAAGUUGUAAAUGUAGAUGAAAUUGAGGGUUCCAGAGGUACAACACCCACUGAGCUUUCUGUUGGUAGUGCAGUAGAAGAGAGUUGUCAGGGUAAAGCAAGCUGUAAAACAAGUGUUAUGUUGUCAAAGCCAUUCCAUGAUGCCAUGCCUGAAAAAGAUUGUACAGCCCAACUGGUUAGUGGUAAAGAGAUGACCAUGACAAAAGAUUGUGAAAUAGGUACAAAUGAGUUGGAAAUCAUUGAACUUGAUGAAGAAGUUGAAGAUGUAUUUGAGGGAAAUCUUGGUGAUGGAAAUGCUGUCGAGAAAGAGAAAGGAGACGGAUCCUCCUCUCCUCCGCCCGCUCCCUGUCAGCCCAGCAAGAACCUGACUGUGAUUGUUGAGGAGCUUGAGCAUUGUGCUCUGCCAGAAUAGUUGGCCAGAUAAUUUUUUUACCUCAGCUGGGGUUUAAGUGAUAAGAAAAAUGCAGUGAGUUUUAUUGACAUAUUUCAAUUUUUUCAGUCAAAUUAAAAAUUCUAUAUAUCAUGUAGAAAGUUGGAUCAAAGAUGUCUACCAAGUUGUGUUCAUGCCCUGCCAGCCUCCUCAGUAUGCAUAGGCCAUUCAGCUAAUCUAUGUCUAAUUUUAUAUAAUUUCUGCCUUGUCAAAGGAGCAUUAUUGUUUCAAGCAUUAAUGUCUUCAUUACUCAGUACAACUUGUAGGCUACCUUAAUGUUUUAAUGUCUCAAGCUACACAGUGAAAUGACUGCACUGUGCUUCUUCAUUUAAUUAUGCACCACAACCACACUGAGAAAUGAGUUGUGACACCUGCAGUUAGUGCCAAAUAAUUUAUUUGUUUUGUGGAAGUGAAUGUAAGUUGCCUAAAAAGUAACAGUGCCUAUUUAUUUGUAGCAUAAUGAUGCUCAGGAAGUAUACCAUGGCUUUCUACCUUUAGUCUGGUUCAUGAGAUAUUUCUAAUUUAUGUCUGUGAGGGGUUUCCUCUCCCACAACUAAGUGUUCUGCAUGUCAUGGGAUAUACUGAAGCACACAAAGGGACCCCUGGAAAGGCACACCCUUCCCAAGACCUCACUGUUCACAGUGUUAACAUUGUUUGCAAACAGUGCAACAGAGUAGAUAUGUUUACUUGGUUCUAAAAAAGUGUUUUGGAGGAGUGCUUUCAGCAUUUUUUCAGAAACACCAAAAAACAAUUUUGCAACAAUCCAAACUGCUGUGCAGCAAUGUAUCUUUGUGUGUGUGCAUGAUCCUCUAAGUAACAUGUUGUGGAAUGAGCCAAGCUUCUUAGAUUUAACAAAAGCUUGAAUUAUUUCUUGCUUGAAUUAUCUUGUUAUCAUUCAAAUUUCUUUUCUCGAGAAUGAGAAUGACUUAUGUUUAUAAUCGUGAUGGGGGUGUUCUGGGGUCCUCGUGUGUACCUAAACUGAUGCAGCAGAAAAUGUAUUGACGAGUACAAUGGUGGAGAUUCAUUACUCUUAUAAGAUGAAAAACUUGAUGAUAAGUUGUACUUUUCACCAGAGAUGCAGAAAAAUGUAUCAACAAGUACAACAGCUUAGGUUCAUUGCUCUGACAGGGUGAGCCGCUGCUAUGUGGGACAACUUGUACUCCUUACCGGUGAACCAAAGAUGACGUUGCUGCUAAUGAAAGUGUUUUGUAGGCUCAUUCAGAAGUUCCAUCAGUGGUGAAUCUUCAGGACAGUGUGAUUGUUAGACUUACAAGUUGUAUUUUAUUUGGCCAUACCUUGUUCAUUCAUUUGUGUCAGAAUUUGCCAAUAAUGAGGUUGUACAUACAAAAAACAGUGCAAUAGCGGUAAUGCAAGUAUUUAUAAGAACAAACAGUCAUGGCGCCUUUGAUGCAGUUGAUUGGAUAUGUUCUGCCACAUUAUGAUGUCCAGGUUAGGGACAGACAUGAUUAUAUCAGGUUUUGAUCAGGAAAAUAGCAGUUGACUCCAGGCCCCAUAUACAUGAAGGUUUUUAAAGGUGGCCUAUUAUUACCUAAAAACAGCAGUUGGUUCCAGGACCCGAAUACAAAAAAGGUUAUAAAGUUAAUAGUUGGCCAGUUUCCUCUCAAGACCCCUAAAAAGCAAUUCAAAAGACUACUAGUGCUCAGAUAUACCUUAGGAGCCAUUGGCAGCUACAAAGAGGUGGUGAGGAGCAUUAGCACAUUGCUAUUGCUGUUAGUGCACAGGACGGCUGGUCCUCACACACCUCAGUGCUGCUUCAGGACUUGUCGAGUCAGAAAAGACAUUUUGGCUUCGUGUAAUGGUAAUUGAUAGAUAAAACCUGAAGACGGCCAGCAUCCUGUAUGUAACUGGUAUGGAUAGAGGCUCUCCACAGGGUUGGACAUUGAGGAACAAGAUGCUUACCCACCCCCAACACCUGACACGAAAGACGGAUUUUCAUCCACGUUGAUAAUUUCUGUCAGUAUGUGUUUGUUAGUGAUUCCCUAAAAUUUAUAUGUAAUUGCAAAACUAAAAGUGUUGAUUCCAUUGGGACAAAAUCAAAGAAUGGUGUGGUAAAUGGUAAACAAAAUUAUUAAUAUAUUAUAUUCAUAAUACAAUGCUCAUUCCUCGCUACUAAAAUUUCCUUCAAUAAACUUCCCUUAAAUAUAAUGUUAAAGUGCAUACCACUUGAAGGACACAAAAUUCUUGCUCUCCUUGGUGUAAACCUUUCAAUUGUUUCUAAGUAGUAAGGCUCGCUAAAACAAAUCAGCAAAGUUUGUCCCUCAGCCAUGCCGUGUCUGAGCUCUGUACUGCCUUCAUUUUUCUUGUUGUCGGGCUUGUGCGGCUGUUCAAGUGUUUUGUCCACUGCUAGUUGACAUUUAUAUGCAUGACCACUUUGUAAUAAGUUAUAGAAUAUUCCAACUCAAGAAGUGUGUAUGGUUGUUGGCUUAUAAGAUAGCAUCUGAUCCAGUUGGCCUUGGCCAUUUUGUCUUCAGCAUAGUGUUGGCUGGACACUGGCUGUAAUCCUAGUUAUAGUCCAACCAUUUCAAAUAGUCUGUUUGGGCGUUCGAUUCCGCGGGUCCUUUCCUCUCCUCUGCUCUGCCACACAGUCCCGACACCAAUCCUUUCCUCUUGUAUGUUAGCUAUGGGUAACAUAUGAGAGGGAAAAACAGGUGUUGGGACUGUGUGGCAGAGUAGAGGGAAGGAAAGGACCCGCUGAAUCGAACGCCUAAAUGAACUAUUUAAAAUGGUUGGACUAUAGUUCUGUUGUUGUUAUCACCAAUAUGGUUGACAUUUUCCAAACAAGAAUUAAAAUUUUUAGAUUUGAGACAAAGUAUAUUGAUGGAGUAGGAUUAUUGAAAUGCCUUUUCUUUUUAUCACCAAUGUGUUAGGAAGCUGUAUGUCUCCAUAGAUUCAUUCAUGUUGUGAUCAUUAUUCACUGUAUUAGCCUAUUAGCACUGCGCACUCGCCUGCCUAGUGGAGCAGCAGCAGACAGAAGAAAUCCUAGAGACACUUCACAGUAUCAACAUUUAGCAAGCUUUGAACUUCUAUUGAGAUGAGCAGUAAUGAUAAACUUGUAUUGGAUGUUUCUCAAUGAACAGGCUUUGUAGAUUCUAAAUUGUGAAGAUAGAUUUGUUCGGAAAUGUACCAGGGUAACUCACAGGCCCUUAUGUCUGUUGUAUGACCUGGCCCACACUCAAAACUUGGCCUUGGCAUUGCUCGGGUUAAGUAAGGAGAAAAAUGGUGUUGCAUUGCCAAACUUUGUGUUGGGGAUGUACUGCAUAAUGGGUGCCCAGACUGCUUUAUGGUAAUACACAGAAAUAUAAUGCCAACGUUAUGUAAUGGACAAUACAAGUAUGUGAUAAUGUACAGAAGUGUUGAGAUUUUUCCCCGUGUAAGAGAUCACAUACUGUUUUCAUCUUGCUUCAGUGAUUAAGAAUUAGGCUUAAUUGUAGAGUGUAAUGAUAGAGGUAAUGGUAUAUAUAUUUUUGUAUAACUUAUUCAUAAAACUAAGCGAUAUUGUUUUUCAAAGUAUUACAACGGCUUGCAUUCAUUACGUAAAUACUGUAUGCUACAAAUAUAUAUUAAAGCUAUAUUUUUCAUGAGAGUGAAGCUAACAAGGCAUGUAGACAUUGGUUGGGUAUUGUGGCUCUGACAGUGGUGGGUAAUGGAUGGACAUUCCCAAACCUUGGUUACCUCUUGUCAUAGUGAGAGUCCCACCUUCCUUCACACACACACACAAACACACACACAAACACACACACACACACACACACACACACACACACACACACACACACACACACACACACACAUUUUUGAGCAAGUAUGUCCAUAGAACAAAUUGACAAUCAGAUCUGUAAUUUUUCCCCCCUGCUCUGGUGCCCGUCAGCCAGCCAAACAUGCUAUUUGUGUUCCUAGGACACUGGGCUACUAAGGUUACUGCUUGUAAUUAACACAAUGAAAAUGAUGUGCCUUACAUGCAUUGUUAUUGUUAGAAAAAUUAUAUCGAUUGUAGAUUGUUUUUUUUCAAGGAGUUUGUGCUUGUGAAGGUCAGCUCUCCUACCUAGAGGGAACACAUCUGAAUAUUUUAAACAGUGGUGAAAUAAAUGCAAUGGGGGUUAUGUUAUGAACAAGAUAUUCUAUAAAUCAUUAAUGUAGCAAUUUAGUUAUGUGACAUUACUAAGUCUAAAAAUUAUUAUGACAUCAAUAAAUGUUGUAUUGCUUAUAUUGAAGUCAACAAUGACAGAUAGAUUUGAGAUUUUGGAAAAUGCAAUGGAUUUACAUUUGGUAUUGGUGUACCCAGAUUUAGUGAGUCACAAAAAUACUAUAAGUAAAAAAAAACUUUGCAGUUAUUUUAUGCCCAGCCACACAGAAUACUACAUUUAAAAUAUUUUAGUUAUUGUUGGUGUACCACAACAUUGCAUGAAGGGAGUGUGUAGGCUACAGCUAAAUUUGAUUAAAUUAAAAAAAAUGCUUUCAAUGUAGUGCUCUCUGUAUCCCUAUAUAAAGUGACUGCACGAAGUAUGUUUUUGACCUUUGUUUAUAAUUUUGUGAGUGACAGAUUAUGAAUAUAAUGAAAAUAAUGUAAAUCCUUUCUAGCCUAUCAAAUAUAUUUGUCAUCUGACUUUGGUGUUAACAAUGCUAGAUUUAUUUGACACAAUUAUUUUUAGACUGUAUAAUUACAUGACUAAAACGUGAUACAUUAUUUAUUUGUAUAACAUUUCACUAAUUAAAUGAUCCCAUUUGCAUUUAUUCAAUGAAACUUUCAAAUGUUUGGAUGCAUUUUGUUCAGCCCAAUAGGGAGGGAGUGCAGCCUCAUUAACACACUCUCUUCAUUCAGAAAAGACUAUAUACAGCUUGAGAGAUACAAUGGUGAUAAUAGAGUAAGUUUUAUGGUUAGUUGCUGGCCAUUAUAGUUGCCAUGCAUCAGUUUGCUGCUGCUACAAGAAACUCGGUGAGCUUACAGAAAACCGGUCAUCAUUAGGAAUUGUGAAUGAGGAUGGAAAUAAUCUUGUGUAUAUAUUAUGACCAAUUAAAAAUUAAAACUUUUAAUUAUAUUUUGUGUGUUCAUUUGUGCAGUAGCUGGCAUGCAGUGAGUCUAGCAAGUAGCAACCUAUGGAGUGCGACUUGUUUUCUUUCAAAGAUUGUGAUCCUUGAGAUCAGUGAUGCCAUUCUUGUCUGAAGUGCAUCAUUUCAUUGUUUUACACUUAAGACAUUUCUAAAAUCCCAAUUCCUCAAAGUGGCACAAUUGAAUGUCAUGCCAAGCAAGUUUUUUUCCUCUGUAUUGUUUCAGGUGGCGAAGGUCCAUAUUCUCGACACUUUUGGCUCACAACAAACAUUGCCAAAGGUCACAAAGGCGAUUAACCGGGUUCUCAUGAGUGCUUUUUACAUUCACGGUACAGAAGCCUUGUCACACUGUUACUAGGCUUGUAAAACCACACAUGAAAGUAACCACAACAACCUCUACGAAUGAUUUAUUUGAGUGUAACCCAGAAAUGGCUGAGGAUAUGGGCCUAGUGCAAGGAGUGGUGCUUUGUGGUUUUUGCUCAUUCCCUCGCUCCUGCACCUUGUUUUGAAAUUUUGAAUAGGCACUCAAGAUUGUAAAGAAGUUUGUGCCACACCCACGUGCAGUUGUUAAUUAAUCUUGACAUGCCUGUUUGCAUUCCUUCGCCUCACCCCUGGUACUGGAUCAAAGCUGUGCCUUCACGGCCUCUCGCAGUUCUCGCCUGUGCCACGUGAUGGAUGUCUAGGUUGAAUUAUUAAACUUUAUCUGUUGAACUAUA